AGGAGGCAAAGAAAAGGAAGGGACGCCCCGUCCCGGCGUCAAGUCCUUCGGACAGAGGUUUUUCCAUGUGGAGGCUCUUUCAAUGGACGUGUCCCCGAGUGCUUCUUAGACGGACUGCCGUCUCCUAAAGGUCGACCAUGGUGGCCGGGACCCGCUGUCUUCUAGCGUUGCUGCUUCCCCAGGUCCUCCUGGGCGGCGCGGCCGGCCUCAUUCCGGAGCUGGGCCGCAAGAAGUUUGCCGCGUCGUCGUCGUCGGGCCGCCCCUCAUCCCGGCCCUCCGACGACGUCCUGAGUGAGUUCGAGUUACGCCUGCUCAGCAUGUUCGGCUUGAAACAGAGACCCACCCCCAGCAGAGACGCCGUGGUGCCCCCCUACAUGCUGGACCUGUACCGCCGGCACUCGGGCCAGCCGGGUGCGCCCGCCCCAGACCAGCGCCUGGAGAGGGCUGCCAGCCGCGCCAACACCGUGCGCAGCUUCCACCACGAAGAAUCUCUGGAAGAACUGCCAAAAAUAAGCGGGAAAACCACCCGGCGAUUCUUCUUUAAUUUAAGUUCCAUCCCCACGGAGGAGUUUAUCAUGUCUGCUGAACUGCAGGUUUUCCGGGAACAGAUAAAGGAAGCUUUGGGAAAUGAUAGCAGCUUCCAUCACCGAAUUAAUAUUUAUGAAAUUAUAAAACCUGCAACCGCCAACUCCAAGUUCCCCAUGACCAGACUUUUGGACACCAGGUUGGUGAAUCAGAACACCAGCCAGUGGGAAAGCUUUGAUGUCACCCCAGCCGUGAUGCGAUGGACGGCCCAAGGGCAUGCCAACCAUGGCUUCGUGGUAGAAGUGACCCACUUGGAGGAAAAGCAAGGUGUCUCCAGAAGACACGUGAGGAUUAGCAGGUCUUUGCACCAAGAUGAGCACAGCUGGCCCCAGAUGAGGCCACUGCUUGUGACUUUUGGCCACGAUGGGAAAGGACAUCCUCUCCACCGAAGAGAAAAACGUCAGGCCAAACACAAACAGCGCAAGCGCCUCAAGUCUAGCUGUAAGAGGCACCCUUUGUACGUGGACUUCAGUGAUGUGGGAUGGAAUGACUGGAUUGUGGCUCCUCCAGGCUAUCAUGCCUUUUACUGCCAUGGGGAAUGUCCUUUUCCCUUGGCUGAUCACCUGAACUCCACUAAUCAUGCCAUUGUGCAGACGCUGGUCAAUUCAGUGAACUCUAAGAUUCCCAAAGCUUGCUGUGUCCCCACUGAGCUCAGUGCCAUUUCCAUGCUAUACCUGGAUGAAAACGAGAAAGUCGUAUUGAAGAACUAUCAGGACAUGGUUGUGGAGGGUUGUGGGUGCCGUUAGCACAAUGAAAUUAAUUAAAUAUAUAUAUAUUUUAGGAAAAAAAAA